AUGGCCUGGCACCUCUUUGGCUCUAUGGCUACCAGCAAGCUUGCUCCCAGCAUCAUCAGCUACGGUGCUACCAUCAGCUCAUCUGGAAAAGCCGGCCGCUGGCAACUUGCACUGUGCUUGUUCCGGUCCAUGCCAUCCGCGCAGCUUCUACCCAAUACCAUCAGCUGCAAUGCCACCAUCAGUGCCUGCGGCAAGGCCGGGCAAUGGCAGAUGGCUUUGGAGCUCUUUAGUCAGAUGCCUGCAAAGAAGCUUCGUCCCAACGUCAUCAGCUACAACGCCGCCAUCAGUUCUUGCAGCAGAGGCGGACGUUGGACGAUGGCUUCUUGGCUGCUGCUUGCAAUGCCUGAAGCCAAGCUGGCUCCCAACACUGUCAGCUACAAUGCAGCCAUCAGCUCGUGUGAGAAGGGUGCACGCUGGCAGGUGGCACUGCAGCUCUUUGAAUCGAUGCCCCAGGUCAAGCUCGCGCCCGAUGCCAUCAGCUUUAACGCCCUUGUGGCCUGCCUUGAGAAACAAGGGCGGUGGCAGCAAGCCUUGCAGCUGUUCCGGUCCAUGCCUGCUUUCAAGCUGACACCAAACGUCCUCAGCUACAACGCGCUCAUUAAGUGCGGCAAGGCGGCCGGAGAGUGGCGGCUAGCAGUCCAUAUCUUAGGCUCCAUGCUCACCACCAGUGUGGCCCCCAAUCACCGAAGCUACGUCGCCGCAAUUAGCUCGUGUGAGGCGGCCGGGCGCUGGCAGGUGGCUUUGCAGCUCCUUUCUUCCAUGCAUUUGGCCAAGCUAAAGGCUGAUGUCGUGAGCUACAAUGCUACGAUCAGCUGUUGUGAGAGGAAGGGACAAUGGCAGGUGGCCUGUCACCUACUCGGCAGCAUGCCAGAUCUGCAACUCCUCCCCGAUGUCAUCAGCUACAGCGCGACCAUCAGCUCCUGUGAGAAAGGUAGCUGGUGGCACUUGGCCUUGAGACUCUUCGACUCCAUGCCCAGCGCAAAGCUGACUCCUGAUGUCAUCAGCUACAACGCCACGAUCACUUGCUGCGAAAGGGGUGGUCAGUGGCAGCUGGCUGUCGAGCUCUUCUCCUCCAUGCAGGAUGCCGAGAUGACUCCGAAUGUCGUGAGUUACAAUGCGACCAUGUUCUCCUGUGCGAGCCGCUCCCAGUGGCAGCGGGCACUGCAGAUGUUCAGCGCUAUGUCGCAGGGCUGA